CUUUGGACAGUUUCUGGUUGACUGCUGCCAGAGAGUACCCAGUCAUUGCAGACAGUGCAAUCUCAGUGUUGCUAUCAUUUUCCACAACCUACUUAUGUGAGCUCAGCUUUUCCAGUUUGACUUACAUAAAAAACAAAAAUAGAGAAAGACUGAGAGCAGUUGACCAAGAGCUCCGUGUGUCGUUGUCAUCAAUUCCAGCAAGGAUAUCAUCUUUGUGUUCAUCAAAACAAGCUCAAGUUUCACAUUGACAACACAGUCUGCAUCAACCCUAGAAUUCAGAGAAAACUUUUGACGAAAAUUUGGACUUUACCUUUUGGCAUGGGCGGAUCAAGAUGAGUACACUCCUGGAAAGUGUAGCGUCUGAGACAGAUGAGACAUGCAAUUAUUUGUUAAAUAUAACAAAUAAUCCACAAUACUUCUCAACCAACAAGCAAACUAUGUAGUAGAGUUCUGUGAACUACCCCUGAACUGCAACUAACAGCCAGACAGAUCCAGGCCUCUGGUUACCAAGGCAUCAAAAACACAUCGGGAAGAUACAAUGAUGCAACUUCAUUUACUUCAUCCUGAGACGAGAAUGUCGACUGCCAUACCCAUGAAUUCUUUUGUCAUCCAGCUGCAAUCACCAAUACAAACAACAGCAGCUGGGACAAAUGCUCCUGCGCCUGUUUAUGUACAACAGGUAGCAGGACUUUCACCUCUUCAUGGACUUCAGGGAUUUCUGACAGGCCAACCAAAAGCUCUUGGGACUGUCCAGAUAAUGAUUGGUCUGAUGACUCUCCUGUUUGGCAUUGUGGCUGCAGUUUAUGCAGAAUCCGCCUUUGUCUUUAUCGGUGUUCCUUUCUGGGGAUCUAUCAUCUACAUUAUUGCAGGCUCACUGUGCAUUGCUGCAGAAAACAAACUUAAUUCACCCUCCAGUUUCUGUUUGACUCUCUUUAAGGGAAUCAGUGGUGUUUUGCUGGUAUUCACCCUCCUUCAGUUUAUCAUCUCCAUCUGUCUGUCAGCAUUUGCUUGUAAAGUCUCCUGUUGCCGUUUUCCUCCUCCUCAGGUGCCGUUUGUUCCACCAGUUUUAACUCCACAGCCCCCUGAUUUCAGGCCCAAUAAUUUCCAUGAUCUUAAAAGCUCAGAGAUAACUGUGGUCAGCAAGUCUUCCAUGAACCACCAUCAUGAAGAAUCUCAAUACAGUAAUUGUGAAUAAAUAUUAAUGGUAGGCAAAGUUUGGUCCUGCAGUGUGUGAUGGGACUUUCAUGGGACACAUGGGUUUCCCAACAAUUUCCUGUCCGUUAUCUUUAAUGUCCUUUCAUCACUUUAUCAGAAAAUAAUUGGAUUUUUAAAAAUGACGUGUGCAAAAAAAAAACUAUUCAAGACUAGAUAUGCUAUUCCGUGAUUUUCUUUAUUUAGUUUCAAGAAAGUCAGUGAAACUGGAUAGAUUGUUUUGAACAACUGUAAUUGCUUAAUACCAUAUAAUCUGUAAGAAUAAAAUAUACAGAAGGAAAAAUUUGCUAAUUCAUGUCUUAAUUAAAACAGAAAAAAUGGUGUUUCUUUAACAAGGGUGAUGGAACUGUGACAUUCACUCCUCAAAAUAGCCUUACUUCUUUUGCUUUAACAAUGAUAAACAGAUAUAAACAUAGAUAUAAAACAGGAUUCUGUUUGUAAUAAAGUGAGCUCCAUCAGCUUGUUUGAAAUGAAAUUCACAUGUAGAAAAACACAUAUGGUCACAUAUGCAUGUGAUUCUGCACAUGUGAAAUUUCACAAGUUUGUUUCACUUGUGUUUCACAAUCUUAGCAUUAAUGGUAAACAGAUUUGGCUUGAUGUCCGCAAUGGACGGCUCAGAGAGACUAUUCUACUCGAGCUCCGAUAGCCCCCCUAUAGACAGAAGGAUAAAUGAAAUAAAUAUGUGUAAAGGAGGAGAUGGAGAGGUGGAGGGAUGCCGAAAGAGCUAAUGACGGAAGUGGUAAGAGGCUGUCUUUUAUACUUGGAUAUUGAUUGGAAGAUUAGAUGGGCGUACUCCUCCCAAAAUUACGUUAAUAACUUCAUGUCCUGUGUGAAAACAUGAGAAAAUCACAUGUGAAAUGUGCUUUUGGAACAUUUUGAUGUGAAUCCUGUGUGAAUUCCCACGUGAAACACAUUAGAUCACAUGUGAAACACGUAUAUUAUAAACCUGCUUGUGUUGCAAUCCUAUAAUUGUGAAAUGACUUUAAAAACUCUAUUUCACUCACGCACAAUAUACAUCUAAAAAGAUACAUUGAGUAAACAUCAAUUUACCACAGCAAAUGGUGCCAUGUUUUUCCUAGGGCCUAUACAGCCAUGCUUCCCAACAUCAAAACAACAUAACAGAUUCAAAUUGAGCUUUUAUUUACGAACAUGCACUGGAAAAUAAUUGGUCCAUGAAAAGUAGCUAAAUUCCUUUAAAUAAAUAAACAAGUAAUACAAAUUGAACGUUUGUUUGCAAACAUCUAAAGCAAAAGCACAUUAACAAAACUGUCAAAAUAACCAUGAAACCAUAAAAAAAAAAAAAAAAAUUGUGCAAAGAAAACAAAAAUGACGUCUUUUUUUCACAUUUUCGUCUCUACUGCGCCAACAUGAUAUAUUUAAUAUUAAUAUUGCAUGAGAGAUGUAAACGGCAUCUCUCAUUCAAACUCGAUUGCUCCUGCUCUUGUUUUUCAGCUUGUCUGUUCUUGGAUUGUGGGUAAUAGUGCUUCAGGGAGCGUACUUCGGUUGUACACUCGAAAUCAGAAUGCAUUGUGGGUAUAAAGUAGUGAAUAAAUGUAGGGGAAUUAAGUUGUUCACUCAUAAUUCAGAAAGGACUAUAAAAUGGCAGACACUCAAUAUAAUGAAUGUGCGCGCAUGCUGAAUGUAAAUAACUCUGAUUACGUUCUGGGGUACUCUCCAAAAUGGCGGAAGACGGUAACUCGGGUAGAAGAAUUGCUGAAUAAAUGUUAUUUUUGUUUUCUUUGCACAAAAAAGUAUUCUCAUAACUUCAUAAAAUUACAGUUGAACCACUGAUGUCACAUGGACUACUUUGUUGAUCAUCUUGGUACUUUUCUGGGCCUUGAACCUGGUAGUACCCUUGCUGUCUAUGCGAGGGUCAGGGAGCUCUCCAAUUUCAUCAAAAAUAUCUUAAUUUGUGUUCCGAAGAUGAAGGAAGGUCUUACGGGUUUGGAACGAUAUGAGGGUGAGUAAUUAAUGGCAGAAUUUUCAUUUUUGAGUGAAUUAUCCCUUUAAAUUACAAAAAAUGAUAAUUUGGUGGAUGAUUUAAACAUGAUCGUUAAUCAUCAGGUAGCGUGUAUAUAUUGUUCUCAUAAUAAGUCCAGUCCAGAUAUGUAGAACAACUCAAUUUUAUUUUGUCUCUCCAAACCCCAAACUUAACUAAGGCUGCAUCCGAAACCGCCUACUUCUCUACUAUAUAGUAGGUGAAAAGCAGUAGGCGAGCCAAUAAGUAUGUCCGAAACCUCAGUAUUCAUAAUAGAGUAGUCGAGAAGUUCCCGGAUGUCCUACUACUUCAGCCCAGAUUCUUGAGUGCUCAUCGAUGGACACUUUUCAAUCCCAGAAGCCCACGGGAGAUCAAUACGUCAUCAUCGAACGUGAUGGAGAACAGCGACGCGGGUGUUUACAAAUGUGAGUAUUACAAACCAAAAACACAGUUUCCUGUGUUAAAAUCACAUUUGUUGAGCUACUGUAGAGUAAACUGUUGAUUUGCUGAAGGUGUGAAGACGCUAGACAAUAAUGUUACAGUAUAUUUGUGAUUUUGUUGUAAAAACAUGUCUUAUGUAUAGCGAACAGCGGAGCUCCAGUAAACACAUGCACGUCUCCAGAGUGCAUUUACAUAAACCAUAUACAUCUUAAAGACGAUUACUAAAUGUCUAUUUAAUAUGAGACAGGAAAAUGUACUAAAAGAAUUACAGAUGAGCGCAUCACAACAUGAACACACAUCUGAGUGAGUGAUGUAUGUGUUAUUAUGCAGAAUACACUGAUGUCAACACGGCUUUAGAUGAAUGUAAUGUAAAUAUACAAAUCUACGUGGAGUAACUAAACAUAACUUAUCUGUUUUAUUUGUCCAUUAGUAUUGUAGAUAAACUGAGGAACAUUUGUGUUGAAUAAAAAGUGAGUUAACGCAUCAGCGUCUACCUCAACAUGUAAAUGCAGUAUUGAUCAGAUAAAUCACAGCUGACUGACUCUUGUCUGGAUGUUACAAACACGAGUGUUUAUCCGCUGAAGACUGACUGAUGGAGGAAUGCUGCAUCAAAGGCUUUGAGGACCCCGAUCCCCCCGCAGCAGCUCGGAGUAAAGACACCGGUGGUGACGACUGCGGAGAUCAAACCAGCAACCUUCUGCUGAUCAAUUCAUUACACCGCAAAAGUAGUUGUUCUCAUAGAGAGCAGCACACAGAUGUUUGAAGCAGACACAGCAGCAGCUAGAUUGUCUCACACGCGUUCUCCUGCUCUUGUUCAAGAUUGUGUGUUUCAGGGAGCCUCAUCCUCUCUGUGCACUCAAACAAUGAUGGCCUCAAUGUCUCUUUCUCAUCCAUGAUCAGAUUCAGUGUGACUGCAGCAGUGAGGGACGUGAUGGACGGCAGAGACAGGUGAAGGUGGACGCGUGGUGGUCUUCAUCAGAAUAAAGCUGCAGAACUGGCUCAGCUGUGUUGAGAUGGCAGUAGGAUGUGGGCUCACCGUCUGUAAAUACAUGAUUGUUAGAACAAUAUGUUUGAAUAAAGCUUUGUUUCAUGUGUUGUUGACUUGUAUUUAUUUAUUGUCAUGGUUACUUUUAUUUACAUUUUACUCAUUUGUUCAUGUUUCCUGUUGUUGUCAGUAAAUUGUUUAUAAUUUAAUUUUAUAUAAUUGUUUCAUUAACGCAUGCAUUAAUUCAUUACUUGUCUGAAAACUGAGAUGUAUUCACUUUGGCUGCAUUUGUCUAGUGUGUGUAGUCAUGCAUAGCUAUGGCAUAUGAAAAAGCAAAUUACAUUUUGCUUGUUUUAUUAAAAAAUAUAAUUAUUGGUCAGCAUUUAUGAUUAUUAUUGUUCAUAAGUGUUGGGCUACCACUGCUUUCUGAGGUAAUCUUAAAUUCUAAGUAGUAAUACUCACAUUUUUUGAGUAAAAUCAACAGUCUUCUCCAGAGAUGAGAUCUUUUGAGCUGAUCGAUGUCUCGUUUGUGCAGAUAUUACAAACAUUGCAAACAUGGAGGAAAACGUACUAGGUAUUGUGGAUUUAUAGAUGCUAUGAGCUGUUUGUGCGCCUGUCGCUUUUAUUUUCC